AUGCUAUUCAAGGAGCUGUCAUUUAAAAGAUCAAUAAGGGUUAAACUAAUAAGCCUAAAAGUCGCCAAUGAGGAUAAUCUGCUAUCCGCUUAUGUUAUGAGCAAUGUCAGAACAGUUUUCAUAGACUGCUUUGAGUUUGAAAUUGAACAUCUGCACCAGGUCUUGUUUGAAUCACUGAAAAUCAUGUUCUUCAAGCCAUCAGCAACCUUAAUAGGUGAUUAUGAUGUUGGUGGCGUCUUUAUCAAUCUAAAGCUGCUUCUGGAGUAUUUUGAUAGUUCCAACAGAAGCGCCGUUACAUUUGACCUUCAGGUUUUUAAAGGACCGGAGCUGAGCACAGCAGAGUAUUUUGAAAAGAAGUACACGACCAUUGGUAAUCUUUGUGUUGAGAUAUCGCAUAGCAAGCCAUCAAUUGCUAGCUCCAUGAUGUCUAAAAAGCCUUCAUUUUUUGGAAAGCUAGAUUGGAUUUUUGAACAGUUCAACAACAAAUACAUGGCAAAGAUUCUGUGCCUCUCGUUUCAAAUACAACAGGGUACACUGCUAUGCAGGAUCAAGGCAAUCUUAGGAUUCCUAGCUAUUCAGCUUUUUUCAAAGAAGAUAUUUCCCAACUGCGGCGGCAAUCACAAGGAUGAAUGCGCAGAUCCGUACUGCUUUAAGAACUACAAUCUGCUUAUAGGCAAAAAGAAUGCGAGGCGGCUGCUAAAAGCUCUUUAUUACUCCUCGGCAGCGUAUGCUACCUCGGCGUUUCCUAAUUUUGGACCCAAAAAGCUCAGAAAUAUGAAUGGUAUUGCAGACUCUGCGGUCAGAUUUGUUUUGGAGCGAGCAUUGAUUUCUGAAAGUGAUAUUGUUGAAAUACACCGUGGAUCCUUAAGCUCCGUUGGAUUUGUUAUAUUUUUUGACCCCCUUGAUAGACUAGUAAUUUCAUUUCGAGGCAGUUGUUGCAGGGAUGAUGUAUUCAAAAUACUGGAUGCAGGCUACGUGCCCUUUCUUCACGGCUUUGCCCACGAGGGGUUUUUAGCCCUAGCGAUCAACUUUCUCAACGAAAAGAUUAGUUUGAUCUUAGCAGAAAUGAAGAAAAGAAGGUGCACCUCAAUUCUAUUCACAGGGCAUUCGAUGGGUGGUGCCAUAGGCAUAAUGUGCUAUUUGAUACUUAAGAACAUGCCCAAGUUCAGGAGCAAACAGCUCGAUUUUAAUGGCUCAAUUAAGCAUCUAAAAAUGACAGUUAUUGUCUUUUCUGUGCCUCCAAUUCUUUCAAAAAACCUAGUAAAACAGCACUAUCCAGAAAUAGAGGUUAUUAACUACGAAAGCGAUGUGGUGGCCCGCCUUUCUUAUGGGUCUGUCCUGGACUUUAAAUAUCUUUGCGUUUCAGUUAGCUUCGCAAAGGAACUUUUUUCAGGAUUUAAUAAGUUUUUAGGGAGGGUGGAGAUGAUAAGAGAGCACAUAAGAAAAUCACAAAUGCACGAAAAAUUGUAUUGUCCAGGGAAAAUAAUGCACAUAAGAGCGGGUACGAUCGAGUCCAAGCCAGUGUUUAAAUGUAGGGAGGUGUCUCCGGAGUACUUUGAUGAAAUAAGAGUGGACAUGAGGAGCAUCAUAGAUCAUUUAAUGUACAAAGUGGGAAAUGCGAUAAAGUAUUUUAUAAAUGAGCAAUAG